AUACACCAACUGACAGCCACAUACACCAACUGACAGCCACAUACACCAGUGACUUUAGUAAUUUUUAAAACGCUGCAAAAGUAAGGCUGUGGCACAAGUCCAUAUUAAAUGGACCAGUAAAUGUUAUAAGAUAUAAGGUGAUAUUUGGAAACAUGAUUAUGGUUGUUUGUGUGCACCUCCCGUUUAUCUAAUUUGUUAGUAAAACACUUUGCACCUCCCAUCUCAUGUCUCCAAAAGGGGGGAAUUAUAUGUAUGGUAAACAAGAUUAUGGUUUGCUUUUGGAUUUGUGAAAAAAAUAACAUAAUUAUAACACCUGGUUAAACCAUUCUAUCAGUUUCAAAGGUUACAGAUAGAUUGUAUUCACCUAUUUAAAUGUUUUUAUGUAUUUGUAUGCAUAGAUAUGUUUUGGGUCGAUUUGAGGCAUGGGCAGUAACAAAAGCCACAGAACUAAUAACAGGUAAAGCUAACUGGGUACAAGCUUUAACCCUUGCAUUGUCAUCUAUGAGACACCCCUAAGGGUCCCCAACAGUUAUUUCCUUUGUGUUGUUUUUGGUAGACCACCAAAUACUGGGUUGUUUAUUCAAAUAUUGGUAGGAACAACAUGUUUCUCUUACUGACUAUGUUAAGCAAUUGUUUAAGCAGCUCACUAACUUGUAUGGAAAAGUGUUCUAUUCUUUAUCAGAUUCAGAGACUGUAUUUGGAACUCACUCUCUCCAAUCAGGAGAUUGGGCGGUGAUAAAGAGAUUUGUCAGCCAAACUGAAUACACAUCUGACACUGUAAGAAGGUAUUUCCCAUACAAAGUCCUGCUGAUAGUCAGAGCAGAGUGUUAUCUCCAGUGACAGAGUCUGAACCUGUCCCUACACUCAACCCCCCCAACGAGAUCACAUCAACAGAAAGACAACUAAGGAGACUGAUUCAGUUCUACAGGAAUCAAGAGGAUAAAAAGCAUCUUUAAAGAGCAGAAGCCAUGGCUUACGUAAAGAGCGGUUGGAUGCUUCGCCAGAGCACAAUCUUAAAACGCUGGAAAAAGAACUGGUUUGAUCUAUGGUCCAAUGGGUGCCUGGUAUAUUAUAGUGACCAGGAACGCCAAGACAUGGAAGAUAAGAUCUACAUGCAGACAGAGUGCAUCAGCAUCAGAGUGGGAAAUGAUUGCAGAGAUUUAAACCUGCCAGAAGGACGGAAUAAGGAUUGCUGCCUGCAGAUUGUUUGUCAUGAAGGGAAACUUAUUAACCUGAUUGCUGAAAGUGCUGACGACUGCUUAGCUUGGGAGACUGCACUAAAGGAUGCCCGAACUAAAUCUGUAAUUGUGGAUUCCAAUCUGCUGUAUGAUGAAGCUAUUUAUGGCCCUGCUCCACCCUACACUCCAUAUGAUCCACCUCCUGCCUAUGGAUAUGAUCAGUACCCAGGGGGCUACCCAGUUCCCGGAUCGCAAGUUAUCUAUACCAGAGAUGGGCAAGCAUAUGCCUCCUACCCAUAUCCCCCACAAGGAUAUGGAGCACCUCCGACCAAUCACGUCAUCAUCCGAGAGAGAUACUAUGACAAUGAUGGGGACCUUGCGAUGGGAAUGCUUGCAGGAGCCGCUACGGGAAUGGCUCUCGGAUCUCUCUUUUGGGGAUUUUAAAUGCUCCCACAAAAUGAUUGCAGGAUUUAUUUACUAGAUUCCCUCAACACUCGCAGCUUUUCCAAAGAAGUAAUAUUUCUGGUAAUAGUUUUUAGAACUACAGUCAGAGCAAUUGACAGAAGUGUAACAUAAAGCUAAACAGUCGUAUAUUUAUAGAACAGUAACACACAUAACUUCUAUAUUGUAUAACAAUAAGUAAUAAUGAUUAAGUAUUUAUUUAUAAGUGUGUAUUGCUCUAUGUAUGCUCAUAUUAUACCUGAUAUACUACUGACACUUUGGUUGCUUUUAAGAGUUUUCUACUCAAAGACCAUACAGUUUAGGGGACAUUUACUCUGACCCUGAAUGCAAGAGGUGCAGAAGUAUAUCCCUUAGUGCAAUUGCAUUCAGGGUCUGGCUGCCCUCUGUGCCUAACGCUGGAUAUCCUGUGCUAGUUGUGGGGUGCAGUGCCAGUGGGCACAAGGUCCUUAGCACCUGCUAUAGAGCAAGCUGUAAGUACAGGGUUCCAUGACAUGCAAGUUAGGGGAUGGGUAAGUGGAAGUCCAUGCCACUCUUACUUGAAUACAGUGAUGUUGAAUGCAGGAUGUGCUGUAUUCAUGGGGGAAAUUCAGGCUCUGCGGUUUGUUUUGUAGUGUAAAGACCCAGGGCAAUGUUUUGAAGCUCAGGACAAGGCACAAGGUGCAGAAAACAUGGCAGAUUUUGCAUUGUGCACUCUCCCCUGUAAAUGGCACACGUUGUUGGUGCAUGGUUUUUAAGAUAACAUAUAAACUGAGUAAAAAGUUCUGAUGUCUUUAUAUACUGGGUCAUUCAUUUCUGGCCAUGCUCUUGAGAAUUCUGGCCGUGCCACUCCCAUUAGCAAGUCAAAGCCACUGUAUUUUAAGCCCAAGACAAACAAUUUCUAGGAGAUCAAAAACCCUUCUCUCCUUCUGCACAAAGACAAAAAUGUACCAUGUGAGAUUUCCCCGCACACUCAGAUGUUCUGCCAUGAAUUGUUCAUUUCAAGUGACCUGGGCUCAACUACUGGCUAAAAAGGAAUUUCUGAUUGCUACAGUUGUCCCUAAGAGAAGUAUAGCAACACAUCCAGUGACCCAUUGCCCCAAACCUGGAGAGAGAUUUAGAGAAUUUUUGAGUAAGCAAUAAAGAUAUAUUAUCUUAAGGGCAAUGGCACAUGGAGUGAUUCACUUGACAUUAUAUAAUGCUCUGCCAGGCUCAAGGGUGCCAUAUAGAGUGGCACAUGGUCAGGACAUGAUUGUCCUCUUGAAUGCCCCUUAUUUUUGUCAUUAAUAAGGUAGAAGCAAACAUAUGAGGAAUUGUAAGCAGCACAAGGCACAAAGGGAUCCCUUACAAUUACAAGUUGGGCUUUAUUGUAUUGACUGCUAAUGAGCAGAUUUAUGGUCACAGUGUUUAUGCCCUGGAGCAGAAUGAGCCCUUUUGCUAAUUAGUUUGCACCUUAUUCCACCUUUUUGCUUUUUUCAGAGCAAUUGGAGGAGAAAUGGUUUCACAGCCUUACCAUUAAAGCCACUAUAUAAUGACCUCUGUCUUAUCUGUAGCAAUAAAGGGAAGGGAGGGGUUUAUCAUAUACAGAUUAUUUGUUUAAUUUAUUGGAGGGAAAGGGAGGUAUUAAGAGUAAGAUAACACAAUUGCCUAUUAGUGCUUUAUAGUAAUUAAAAAAAAUACAAUUAGAAUUUAUUUUUAAAAACAUGCAGAACAGAUAUCUAUCUGGCUCAUGUUGAACAUAAAUGUAUAUCGUUUGUUUAACAAUUAUCUUUACACAGCAUGGAUAUUUACAGGAGUAAUUGGUUGAAAGGUGGUUAAGUGACAAGCGGGCACCACAUGCACAUCAAAGAGAUAUGCCUUAAUUGCUUUUGCAGCCACCCAGCUCUCCAAACCAGGUGACCCAAACUUAAUUAGAGAUGCAGGAGAAUGAUCCAGUGACAGUUCUUCCUACCAGUGCUAUGUGUGGGACCUGACUGAUUACUAAUUUAAUAUGUUUUAAAUGGUUUAAAUAAUAGAAAUGAUAUUUUGCUUUCCGGCACACAUUCAAGGAUUACUAAACUCUCCCUCCAAGUUAGUCUCAAAAAUGUCUCUCUGUGGGCUCCUCCUUUUGGAAAAAGGGGUUGGCAGGGACCAUCUUGCCCCUAACUGUGUGAUUUACUGUUAAAUCAGUGGCACAGAGCAUGCCCAGAUGGAGCCAGGUCAGGAACAGCUUCAACUGAGGUGCUCUCCAAGGGCCAAGAGCGGCACACUGUGCAUUACUGCCCCACUGUGCAUUACUGCCCCACUGUGCAUUACUGCAUUUUUUAAAGGAGGUAAGGGGGAACUGUACCCAUAGAAAGAUUUCUGAGACUAACUGGAGCAGGUCCAGAGGGGGCUGCAUUGAAAGUGCACUAGCAGAGCCACAUUUCCGCAAGGUACUCACCUUGUCUAAUGGCAGAAGGGGUCCUGGGCGGGACUGGGAAAGGGACCGUUACAGGGAGCCUGCGUGGGAGGAUUUUCUUUUCCUUUAGGUGCAUAACAUGCAUACUGUUUGUGUCGUUUUUCUUGAAACGUAAUUAACAAAUAUUAAAAGUACUGAAAAGUAAAUAAUGAAUUGAUAUUUUGAGUUUCUUUUUGUAUAACUGACAAAAAUAUUGUUGUUUGUAGAAGCCCUGAUUCUCUUGAGUUCAAAAAUAGUGAAUAAAGAGAAAACUUGUCUUCAGGGA